AUGGGCCCCCGCCCCCAUAGGCCACCACCAGCACUAGGGGACCUGAGGGCCCCACACUUCAUACUGCACACAAGUCCGACCGGGCUUCCUCCCCACAGCACGCCCACCAUAUCGCAGUGCACAAGCAGUCACAAGCCACGGUACUACGGGGGCCGUGCUACCAGGGCCCCGUACUACCAGGGCCCUGUACUACCAGGGCCCCGUACUACCAGGACCCUGUACUACCAGAGCCCUGUACUACCAGGGCCCCGCACUACCAGGGCCCCGCACUACCAGGGCCCCGUACUACCAGGGCCCCGUACUACCAGGGCCCCGUACUACCAGGGCCCCGUGCUACCAGGACCCUGUACUACCAGAGCCCCGUACUACCAGGGCCCCUUACUACCAGGGCCCUGUACUACCAGGACCCUGUACUACCAGAGCCCUGUAUUACCAGGGCCCCGCACUACCAGGACCCUGUACUACCAGAGCCCUGUACUACCAGAGCACUGUACUACCAGGGCCCCGCACUACCAGGACCCUGUACUACCAGAGCCCUGUGCUACCAGGGCCCCGUACUACCAGGGGCCCACACUACCAGGGGCCCACACUACCAGGGGCCCACACUACCAGGGGCCCACACUAUCAGGGCCCCGUACUACCAGAGCCCCAACACUACCAGGGCCCCGUACUACCAGGACCCCGUACUACCAGGGCCCCAACACUACCAGGACCCCGUACUACCAGGGCCCCAACACUACCAGGGCCCCACACUACCUCCGCCUCCGCAGAGGUUGUGUAUAA